AGGACUUUUCAUUCACUCGAGGUGAGUGUGCUUCCUUCGCGCCGAUCUGGGUGUUUUUUGUUACAAUUAGCUAAUUUAAGAUGACAACUCCAGAAGUGCGACCGAAUCACACAAUAUAUAUCAACAACUUGAAUGAAAAAAUCAAGAAAGAUGAGUUGAAGAAAUCACUCUACGCCAUCUUCUCGCAAUUUGGUCAAAUUUUGGACAUUCUCGUUGCUCGAAACAUAAAGAUGAAGGGUCAGGCCUUUGUUAUCUUCAAAGAGAUCAACAGCGCCUCAAAUGCACUGAGGUCCAUGCAGGGCUUCCCCUUCUAUGAUAAGCCCAUGCGCAUUCAGUAUUCCAAAACGGACUCGGACAUCAUUGCAAAAAUGAAAGGAACCUAUGUGGAGCGUGAGCGUAAAAAGGAGAAGAGGAAGCCCAAGCCAGAGGGAACAGGAGCUAAGAAAGCUGCUGCAGCCAUGAUGGCUGGAGUGCCUACUGCUAUGCCUGGAAUGCCUCCUAUGAGCCAGGCACCACGUAUGAUGCACAUUCCAGGCCAGCCGGCUUACAUGCCUCCUCCAGGCAUGAUGCCUCCCCCAGGAAUGGCGCCUGGCCAGAUACCCCCAGGUGCAAUGGCUCCUGGUCAGAUGAUGCCUGGCCAAAUGCCUCAGCAGGUUGCAGAAAAUCCGCCUAAUCACAUCCUCUUCCUCACCAACCUGCCAGAGGAGACGAACGAGCUGAUGCUCUCCAUGCUCUUUAACCAGUUCCCUGGCUUUAAAGAGGUGCGUCUGGUCCCUGGUCGUCAUGACAUUGCCUUUGUGGAGUUUGAUAAUGAGGUGCAGGCUGGAGCGGCCCGGGAUUCACUACAGGGAUUCAAGAUCACUCAAACCCAUGCCAUGAAGAUCUCCUUUGCCAAGAAAUAAUUCCCUCACAGGUUGAAAAUUUUUUUAAGUGGUGGAAGUAAAUACUGUUUGUUU